AUGGCGGCAUCUAACACAACACGAGAAAACGGAUCCGACCGUGAUACAUUCGACAUUGCUCGAAACACGGAAGCAAAUCAAGAGAAUGAUCGCCAAGCAAUAAUAAACCAGCCGGAACCAAGCAGGGCUAUGCAACCGACAACCCAAGCUCCUCCCACACAGCGAAUAAGGAAUUACGGAUGCCCCGAUGUGGCCCUGUUCGACUCAGAGAUCUCGGCUGAUUUCGGGGACCGGCUGCGCUUGAACAACGCCUCUUCUUGGAUGUCUGAGGGCGAGACGGAUGACUACGACAAGGAGAAUCAAUGCAUCUACCGAGAAAACAUUGACGAUGCCGAACACACGUAUGCCAACGACAGUGAUUUGCUUUGCUUGUAUCCUUCGCCAGCCUUCAGCGAGGAAGACGCAGCACUUACGAAUGCACAAGUGUUUGCCGCUAGCUAG